AACCCAGGGCGGAAGCCCGCUCCUCCCCUAAUUUAGGGCUGCGAAAAUACAUCACUAACUUUCCCACCGCGCCACGCCCUCCUGUCGGAAGUCGGGUGGGCCUGGACGGAAGGGGAGGGCCUUGCGAGAGGCGGAGCCGGAAGUGUGUCGCGGUAUCCUUGCCACGUCUGCAACGCCCAUGGCGGCGUCAGUGAUUAGUGGCUGACGCUGAACGAUUAUAAUGGCGGACUGGGCUAGGGCUCAGAGCUCUGGUGCUGUGGAGGAGCUUCUAGACCGGGAGAACAAGAGGAUGGCUGAUAGCCUGGCUUCCAAGGUUACCAGGCUCAAAUCGCUGGCCCUGGACAUCGAUAGGGAUGUGGAAGACCAGAAUCAAUACCUGGACAGCGUGGACUCAGAUUUCACAAGUGUGACUGGCCUGCUCACGGGGAGUGUGAAGCGGUUUUCCACGAUGGCACGGUCUGGGCGAGACAACCGGAAACUUUUGUGUGGCAUGGCUGUGGGCCUGCUUGUGGCAUUCUUCAUCCUUUCCUACUUCUUGUCAAGGGCAAGGACGUGAACCAGUGGGAGCCAGAGGUACCAAGGUCCUCCCCACCUGGUAUUCUGACCUCCUGAGGACUUAUCUGCAAAAUACUACUUUGAAAUCACUACCGUGGUCGGGAAUCUUCUUCCUGUGUGGUGGGGCCUCUGACCUUCUGAGCUCAUUGUGCUGGCUGCUCCCAUGUGGAAGGACCUUUUCCCUUGGACAAAGCAAGGCCCAACCUCCACCUCCACUCCUGGUGCUAGAGACACUGGCUAGGCUGGGGCCACAGUGCACCAGAACCAGCCAGCUCUAAGCAGAGCAUUUCUGAGUCCUGAAUGUACCCACAUGGCCAGGUGCCCUUUCCCCAGCCCUCAAGAGCUCUGAGAUCUUAAGGCCUUUCUGUGCUAUCUGUUCCUGAGUGAGGACCUAUCUAUGAUCUGAGGAGCCUUGGGGAUGCCACAGGAAGGGACUAUGAUUGUGACCCCAAUAAGAGCUGGCUCCUUCACCUGCAGAUCCUCAACUUGAAUGUAUCAGUUACUCCUGGCGAAGAUUGCUGAGCAGGGAUGGUCUGAUAUGGGCCAAGUAUUCCUGGGGAAGGACUGUGCCCUCCAGUCCCCUGAUGAAGCCAAAUCUCUAAGAAGGGUAGGGACUGUUGAUGAAGGUAUGGACCACAGCCUUGGCUGGACAUUGGGCUGGGAUCCUUCUGGGUCACCGGGCCAUAUGUCUAGAGAUAGAAAUGGGUAUCCUCAGGAUUCAGAGCCUCUCCAGUGCUGUACUGGCAUUUCACAGUCAGGUAGAGUGUUGGGGAGGUUUUUUCCUGAAAGGCUGUCCUGGAGCUGAAGGCUGUCUGGAGAGGCUACUGUGCCAUUUAUAGUAUAACUUUUGCUUUUCUGCCACACCCUUGCCUGCCUCCCAUACCUAGUCUUCCCUUGCAAUGGGGAUACUCCAAGCCACCCUUCCAUCCCCUGCACACUUCCCUCCAGGAAGUGUGGCCAGUCCACCUUCAUACAAACUGAACUAUGAGACUGAGAGACUAUCACUUUUGUCUUCACAUAAAGAAUCUUUAAGGAAUGAGUUGGCCGGCUUUGUGUCCUUCUUUUCCUUAUUCCAAUCUGUCUUCCAGCCACUCCACCCUCCCUAGCACUAAUAACUCACUGUCUGCCUACCAAUAUAUCUGCACCAUGAAUCUUAUCCAGCUAGAACUGUUCUGAGUUCUGGGUUGAGCGGUCAGCCACAAACUGCCUUCUCAUCACCAUGGCCCCACCCUGCUCCCUCUGCAGGCUCGACUACCCACCCUCUUCGUUCUUUCCCCACACAAGCUCACACAGUCCCUCUUCUCAUCUCCUGUCUCCUCCACUGGGUGUGGCUAAGCCCCUACAUCUUCUGAGGGAAGAAGACCCUCCUUUUUCUUUUGACUUCUUUUCGUUCUAGUGCAUGAUAGCUUCUCACUGCCUCUCCUUUUCCAUGGCUUUGCUGUUUCCCUGACAAUCCUCCCUCCGGUGGCCAAGUCUUCCUUGUGUUCUCUCCUUGGUCUUUAUGUGCCCUGCCACUCUUACCUGGCACCAUGGCUUCUGCUUAGUCUUUUGCUGUCACCAAGUAUGUACGCUGCCAGUGUCGUGUCCCCAUCUGGUUCUGCAGACAUUGCAGAGAGCAGUCAUUCUCCAGCUCCACGUCCCCCAUCUUCCUGGGCCACACACUGCUGACUUCACUUCCUCUGAACAUAACAUGGCCAAGCUGUGGAACGAAAUCAGACCCCAGAACACAUCAUGGCUACUGCCUACUCAUCUUGGCUGGUAUAGACUAGAAACUUAGACUGGGAAUUUAGGGCAGUGUUCACGUGGAGAACUUUUUUUUUUUUUUUAAAUGGUACUGGGGAUUGAACUUGGGACCUUGCCCUUGUGAGGCAGGUGGCAGAACCACUGGGCUAAAUCCCUGGCCCCACAUGGAGAACUUUUGCCACGUCUCCAUAACCUUGGUUACUCUGUUCUCUCCUCAGGCCUCUUGUCUCCUUAGUUGUUUGCAACCCUGCUGGCUGUCUUUGGUCUGCGUGUUGUCACUUCUUUUCAGUUUACUCUUUUGUUCUCCCUUGUGUCUUUGAAACCUGUGAAGGGGUAUGACAGCUCUGUUACCCCUGAGUCAGGUCAGCUUCCCGAGAGCCCCUAACCCUAGUGCUGCAGCUUGCCCUUGUAUACCUGACACCUGUCCCACAGGGUAAGUAGGGUUUGCCAACUUGAUCUCAAACACUAAUAAACUAGAAAAAGACCCAAUGUGAGGACUGUGAGGAUGGGCUGCUAGGCUGUAGUUCACAGUCAGGGAUAUCUCAACAAUAAAAUGUGGAAUAAACAGCUUUGUGAAGAAGGAAUGAUGUAUAUUUUUGUCCUUUUUUUCUAGGGAUUUAAGAGAGGUAGUUUUUAUUUUUAUUUUUUUGCUUAGGUGAUAUACACCCUUUCCCUUCCCCAUCUUCUCCCUGGAUCCCUUGUUCCCCCUCAUCUCAGCCUCUGGCAGGACAGCCAUAGGUCCACACCAUCUGCUGUGUGACUCUUCUCUGCUGAGUCCCUACCAUGCAUGGCAUGACAGCAUCACCUCUUGGAGGUAAGGGAGUAUGACAGUCCUGGAGUGUCCUGCCCAACUGAUCGCCGCAGAGAAGUCAGCAUCUCUGCUGUCCUAGUGUGGGUUUUAGUCUGCCCAGCAUGAACCUCUUCUGGGCCAAAGGGAGACCAAAUUUUCAAGUCCUGGCUGUGGGUCUGAGGAACCUGUUGUAGAUUCCCCAGGCACAGCUGAGAUGCCAGUGUCCCUACCCACAUCCUGUGUUAGUUCUUGGUAGGUAACGGAUUUCCCUGAAACUUAGUCACUCAAUAUAGCAGCAACGGUUUUAUCAUGUCUCAUUGUUACUGCACCAGAAUUUGAAGCAGUGCGGUGGGCAUGGCUGGCUCUGCUUACCGUGGUGAGGCCUCAGCUGCAGAAGGGCUGGGGCUGUCACUGAAGGCCACUUGGAUGUACGAAGCCUCCUCACAACUUGGGCACAUAGAAAGUGUCAGGCAGUAACACUUCUCCAGUACCCCAUUAUCCGUAGUGUUCCAGGUUCUCCAAGGGACUGUAGGAAUGAUGCAAAGCUUCGAGUUCUCUCUGAAGACUGGGAAGCCAGGGAUGAGACCUUACAUGAGCCUGCACUGAAAGCUGUGGACAAACUUGUUUUUUUCCAAGACAAAACCUUAUAACUGAAAUUUGUUUUUUAUUAAGUAAUUUGGGCAACAUCACAGAGCAAGAUUAGCAAAUGGGAGGGUAGCAUAGAAAAAAAAAUGCAGAAUUUGUCACAAGUGUCC